AUGCCAGGUAAUUUUAUGAAUGUCGAUCCAUGUAUUACAUGUAAAGCAAUAAGUGAGAAAUUUGUUGAGGGUUAUAAAAAAACAGCCGGAAGUAAUUUUGGAGGAGGUAAUACAGAUUGGGAAGAAAAAAAAUUGAAAGCAUACGCGAAAAGUGAAACUCGCUUUAUCGAAAUAAUGGAAGAUGCAUGUCCAAAAUCUGAAUCUCAGUGCAAUGGUUUUCUUGAAAAAUAUGAAGACCAAAUUGAAGAAUGGUAUCAAUCGAGUUCAUCUGAUUUAAUUGAUGAUUUCUAUAAAUGGUUUUGUCUUGAUACAACAAACGCUUGUUGCCCAGAGGGAACAUUCGGUAAAAAUUGUCGUCGAUGUCAAUACGGUGAUAAUGGACGCGUUUGUUCAGGCAAUGGCAAAUGUGACGGUGAUGGUAAAAGAACUGGCAAUGGUCGUUGUAGUUGUAAUAACAAAUAUCGCGGAACAAAUUGUUCAGAAUGUCAAAAUGGUUACACAAAAUCAAUAGAUAAAGAUAAUGAAGUUAUAUGCACAGAUAUUGAUGAAUGUCAUGCGAAUUUAAUUCUUUCCCCUUGUCUACUUCGUAAAUGUAAUAAUACAGAUGGAGCAUAUGAAUGUUUUGGUGAACCAUUCUAUCGUGAAGUACCAAAAUUAAGUACAUUAAUUGCCUUGACCACUACUUUUUUAAUUUUACUGUAUAACGAUAUGCAGGCACUGGCAUCAUUAACGUCUAUUAUCACCACUGUACUGACAAUAGCCUUUGCUAAAAAUCUUCUGUGA